AUGGCCGCGAAACCGGAACGUUUCCCCGGCUUCAAAACCGUCACAGACCAGAUCUUCGUUCGCGAAGGAGAAGAGCUGGCUGACGGCGCACAACCAUCCCCGGACCACCCAAGAGUCGUCAUUGUCUACAGCUGGGGUGAUGCUGUUCCAAAGCAUGUCACCAAGUACACCGAUGGCUUCCGCAAGCUCUUCCCUCAUGCGAGGCAAAUCGCCGUUCUGGGACCCAUCUUGAAGGCCAUGAGACAGGACCUCGCAACCCGCGCAGACAACAUGAGGCCCAUCAUCGACCUCGCCUACCCAGAAGCGGACUCGGCGACGACAACCCCCAACGAGGAUGCAGUCUUGCUGCACGUCAUGUCCAACACUGGCGGCAUCAACUACGCCGGCACUCUCUACGCGUACCAACAGAAAUACGGCCGUCCCAUGCCGCACCGUCUAUCCACUUAUGACUCGACCCCCGGCAGCGUGGUCUUGACGAAAGACAACCUCAAGCGCUGGUCCCUCGCCAUGGCUCUAGGAACAGCCAACUGGUUCCCUUGGCCCUUUGUCGUAACACAGUGCAUCAUGGCCAUUUUCCUCCUGUUCAACCAGACCUACGAAUAUCUCGUCGGCCGCGAGAGCGCGCCUGUUUUCAGCGUCAAAGCCAUCGGCGAUCCAAAGUACGUCUCCAAGGGCUCGCGCAAGCUUUUCUUGUACAGCAAAGAGGACCCUCUCAUCGGCUGGGAGGACAUCGAACAGAACAUGGCGGAGUCGAAGGCCAAGGGCUACGCAUACAAUGCUGUCAUCUUCGAGGGCAGUGGUCAUGUCGAGCACAUGCGCAUGUUCCCUGACCAGUACUGGGGUGCUAUUGCAGCCGCGUGGAAGGCGACGUGA